GGACAGAGGAGGGGAAGACCCGGGACUAGGUGGAGGGACAGAGGAGGAAAACACAACUGCGAAGUUGUUUUGCUGGUCUGAAAACAGAUAUUCUUCCUCUUGGGUGUUGAUCGGUGCACUAUGGAGAAACUAACCGGGUUUUUGUUGCUGUUCGCGAUGCUGAACGUCGCAUUCGCCCAGUACAAGUUAACCCCGAAAUACUUCAAAGAUGGCGGGGUGCUAACGUUGGAGCCGAGCCCUCGUCCUACUGGACCCAUCACCAACCUCGUGUGGAUGCUUGAGGGAAACCUGGUAGCCGAGUGGUUCAAAAACAAAGACACAGGUGAAGAAGUAGUUCCUUUGACUUUUUACAGAACAUUUAAAGGACGCACAACCAUGAAUGUCACCACUGGACGUUUGGACAUUAUCAACAUGACUAAAGCUGACAUGGGUCUGUAUUCAGUGGAAGUCAACAGCGUCGUCCAGAAGGACCGAGAUAACGCCAUAAUGAUAAAAGAAGUCCCCGAGCCUGGGGUAGUGAUUCGGCCGUUGGUGUGUUCCUCCGCUUUUGACGGCUGCACGCUGACCUGUGACGCGGACCCUGCGGUCCUCGUAGACGCUGGACCCGUCACCUACAGCUGGAGGAAGGGGGACGGAGACUGGACGGAGCCGGGAAAGGACCUGGACAUCACCAAGGAGGAGACAGCAGAGGUGGAGACCUUCACCUGCCGGAUCCAGAACCCAGUCAGCGCGAGAGAAAGUAGGGGGGGGUGAGGAUCCAGUUUGAAGCUGCAGGCCCUGCAGAGGGAAAACCGCGUGUUUGGCCAUAAAUAAGAACCAAAACACCAAAGCAAGCUUUCUUAUUUGGCUUAUUUUGCUUUCUUUGCUUUGCAUUCAUUAACAACAUAUCAAAGUUCAGCUUAGGCUUGAUGUAUUUACAUUUUCGCUGAUGUUUCAUCUUGUUUAAUAAGUUUGACUCAUAUUCAUAAUUGAGAUGUUAUCAAAAAACAAAUGAAUUUGCUGCCUUUUAUUAUUAAACUGCUAUAAUUUCUGUGCGUUAGUUGUUAUUUGUGUUUACCUUUGUCUGUCCUAAGUGUCCUAACCAAGUGACUUAAAAUUUGUGCAAUUAUUACAUAAGAGUAACCUUGUAUUACUCAAGCUGGACCUUAUUAUUUGCAUGUUUUUGUGUCCAAUAAUAAUAUAAUAAUAACAACUUCAUCCAGGACUCAAAUGCAAGGUCCAUAGUACAUUAAAAAUGACAAUAUGUACAAACGUAUAGCAAUAAAUAUACAGUACAAUUCAUAUAAAUUAAUAA